AUGCAUGUCCCAUCAUUUCUGGUCUCCGGCUUGCUACUCCUCGGCGCCGGCCUUACCAACGCAGCAAACACCAUCGACAAUGAAGUUCUCUGCGAUGGCCACCCCCCCGCACCUGGAACCAAGGACUAUGAGAUGUACAUGAGGAACUGCCAAGGAAUCCAAGAGGAGGACGUCAAGAAACCAGUCGCACCGACCAAGCCGGUCAAGAAGAUCAAUUGCGCCGAGGUGCUCAAGAAUGGCAACAAGAUCGACUGCCAGGGUCUGAGUCACAAGGGCUGCACGCUCCGCAACUGGGAGUGGGCUGGAUGCAAGAAGGCACCCGAGUGUAAAGGCAAGAGUGGCGAAGAGGCCAAGAAGUGCGCUGAUGACAGAGACGUUCUUCCCUUUGGUGCCGGUGUUUACUAUACGGGUUACAUGAGGGCCGCCGUGCCGCAGUACACGCUGAAGAAGACUGAUGAGCCUACCUUCAAGGACCUCCCGUGCGAGAAGCUCAACCCCUUCGACUGCACUGGCUUGAACAAGUACUUUUGCCAGUUCCGCUCAUGGCAAGCAGCUGGUUGCAUUCAAAACGCCAAGUGCAAGAGUGCCACGGACAAGAAGGCAUGCUGUGACAAUCGCGAUAGGGAUCCCUCUGGCCCCUUUAACCAAACCUUCCUGUUGGAGUUCAACAACAAGUGCAUGGCGUAG